AUGGAAGUGACACUAUUGCUAAUGAUGAUAGAAUGUUUCACGUCCAAAAACUCCUCCAUGAAACUCAAAUGGCUCAGAACUACAACAAUAAAAUUAACCACCAACAAGAACUAUCUCCUUACACCACCCAUCUUUUCAAUUUAUAUCUCCAUUGAUCCCCACCACGUCGACCCUCUCCACCUCCGUGACCUCCGCGACAUAUGCCACUACUUUUUCCACAGUGGUGAUGAUGGAAGUUUUGGGACAGAAAAUUUAGUUGAGUAUGUGACAUUAAUGACUCUUUUCAAUGGUGAAUUGGUGAGGUUUGGACGUGCUGUUUCUAACUACGGCCUCACUGCUUCAAUUUAUGAUGUCAUGUUGAUAAUGGUGGUGGAGUUUAAGAGAUGCUGUGAAGGUUAUAGUGGCAGUCAAGGUGUUAAUGGUGGUGUUGGUUAUGCUGUGGUGUUGGGUGGUGAUAUGUGA